UAGAGGUUGUGCAUGUGCAAGCAAAUCUGAAUCGAUUCACAGGAAUAGCGUUAUUUGUACUGGGACAAGAAAAUAAAUACAAAUAGAAAUCUUCUUUAAAUAGCGUUAUUUUUUGCAAUAAUUUCACGCCGGGAAUGUCCUCAGCUUUAUCGAGCAUCCGGUCUUCGCCAAUUCCAGAUUUGGCGUAUGAUUCAUAUCGCAGCUUGUCCCUCCGGGACCAAACUUUGAUUCGGCGACAGUUGGCGAGUGCUGAGGGGGUUCAACCACCGCCACCACCAAUGCUCUCAUCAAUGUCACACCACCAACCACUCAACAAUGGACAUGGAAAUGGGAACACUUUUUCUUCUCAACAACAACCAAGCAGCAGCAGCAACAGCAAUAUUCCUGGCAUUAAUUAUCGCCAAAACAUUUCCUCUCUUGAUGAGCCUACACCUCCAAAUCUUAUUCGAUCAAGAUCAACAGCGACGUCGCAUCGCGAGCCGCAAUCCACGACUGCCAACGCCCCUCAAGUAAAGCGUCGCCCAUCCUCGUUCUUCGUCACGAAUGGCAAAGCCUACAACUUGGACAACUAUGGUGGCGAAAGUCUCGCAUUUUGGAUACUCCUCGGAAUCCUGUGUCUCUUAGUGGUUGGAAACUCAAUCUUAACUUUUCUCGUCUUUGGCGUCAUCAGAGUGGGAGUUGGAAUGGAAAGUAUCGAGUUUUUGCCUGGCAAAUUAAAAUUCUAUGGCGAAACCGAUCUCGGCGAGAUUUACAAACGCGACGGAAUUUUGCAAGGUUUUGACUCUGACCCGAUCGAAAUCACGGGUCACGACGGGGGCGAAGUUCACCUCUGGACUCAUGCCGGAUCUCAGCCAUCCCUUUCCGUGGAGAGGACGGCGAUCAACAUUUCCUCCGUGACCGAAUUUCGCAUCGUUGACCGGAAGGGGAGAGAAGUCUUUUCGACAAACACACCAACGUUGGGAUUGCCCAGAGGAGUACAAAAAUUGGAUGUUCGGGUCGCAAAAGUAAAUCGGAUUACGAGUGCGGUCAACGCGUCUUUGCAACUGGUCUCAACCACGUUUACGUAUCUGAAAGGGAGCGAAGGAACGCAUUUGGAAGGGAGACAAAUCACUUUUAAAGCGGACCAGGACAUUUUGUUAAAAAGCGUCACGGGAAGCAUAAUCUUGUCUGGAGGAAAGGAUGGAAUUUAUCUCAACGUGCAUGACCUCCCCUUAGUUCGGGAAACUGCAGUGACGCGGAAAAGCCAUACCGUUCCGACCUUGGGAAAGAAAGAGUCGCAAUAUCAAUUAUGUGCUUGCAUGCCUUCUGGAAAAUUGUAUAGAGUGGAAAUUCCUCUGAAUAAUGCGAUACGACCGGACAAGCAGAGGGUUGGAUGUCACACGCCGAAAAAUCCUCCGUGUUAAUUUUAUCAUAGUAAUAAUCCAAUAUCAUGAUUAAAUAACAAACAAUAUCAGGAUGAGAGUGUGUAGUUUGUUUUGGUAAUUUUGAAUUUUACAGUAAGUUUGCAAAGAGCAAUGAAAUUAUGUGCAACAUUUGAGUAAAUAAAAAUUGUUCUGACUUGAAAUGCAUGCAAAAUGAAUAAGACACAAAUUGUUGUAAUGAGAUUUAUGCAGUUUCAACUUCUUCGGUUUCUAUCAUUAAAAAAACAUGGAGAAAGUUUAUUAAAUAAAAUAAUACAACGUUUUUGGAAAUAAAAGUAAAGGCUUGAUUGAAUAAAUAAA